AUGACUGCGGGAGAAUACGAGCUCUUCAAAGAAGCUAAGAAGCGGGCGGCUUAUGAAAAGCAACAAACUACUACCUCCCGACCACGAAAGUUACCUGAGGUUUCCAAGAAACCGGCUCACGCUUCGAACCGAUGGUCCAAGAGAAAACAACCUCUGGAAUUUCCUCCUGCCUUUUAUAGGGAGUCAAGCCAGGGGUAUUAUCAACCAGAGCCUGGAUACUAUAGCCAUAAGGAGCAAUCCCAAGUUUCUAUGGCUUCGAAAAAGGGGAAGGCUACUGUCCUCCGCGAAGAGAGUCAAAUGGAGCCAGAAGAAAAGGUGACCUUCUCUUCCAAAAUAUUGGAGGAAAGGCUACCCAAAGGGUAUCGACCCCCUAAUAUCGGGGAGUAUGAUGGCAGCAAAGAUCCUGAAGAACACCUCCGUAAAUUCAGGAAUGCAGCUCUGCUACAUCAAUAUUGCGACGCUGUUAAGUGUCGGGUAUUCCUGAAUACCUUAUCGGGCUCUGCCCAAAAAUGGUUCGAUGGACUGUCACACCGGUCCAUCAACUGUUUCUCAUAUUUCAAGAUUGUGUUCCUGCGCCAUUUCACGAGCAGUAGAAAGUAUCAAAAAACUGACCACUGUUUGUUCGCUCUCAAACAAGGAUCCUCCGAGCCGUUGAGAAGUUAUAUCAAGCGUUUUAAUCAAGUGGCUCAGGAUGUUCCUUCGGCUAUGUCUGAAAUACUUAUGAGCGCCUUCUCCCAUGGACUAACCAAGGGAGAGUUCUUUAGAGACCUCAUCAGAAAUCCCAUAAGGAAUUUCAAUGAGAUGCUGAAGAAGACAGCCAGCUAUAUUAACGUGGAGGAAGCACAGGCGGCGAGAAGGAAGGCAAAUAAACCGCCUCUAUCUACUAACAGACCGGAAAGAAGAGCACCUCAACCGCCUGCUCAACCUCUCUCGCAUGGUCAGGAAGCCCGACCUACCUUCCCACCCGGUCAAGACUUUCAACUCGGCCCACGUAUAGCUACAAUCCAGGUCUCCCAACCUGUGCCUUGGGGACCACAUUGUUGUACUUACCACCGGUCACACACGCAUGCCACCAGUGAUUGUAUGCAAUUCGCUCGAGACUCCCAUCGUGCUGCUGAGCUAGGCCUGCCACCUCCAGAGCUGGCUCCUCAGGUCCAAAGAAUGAUGGAGGAGAGAUGCAACUCGACGGGACAAGCAGGGAGACCCCGAGUAGAUCAGGGAGGACCUAACAUGCCACAGCAAGGGCACACUGGGAAGCCAGGAGAAGCUCGUGAGGCCGAGAACAUGGGCAACACGGCCAUCCGAGACAUUGUCAUGAUCUCUAAAGGACCCACCGAUGAAGAUUCAGGUAGGGCGUGCAAAUCCCAUGAUCACCGGUUGGAGAUCCAUGCUGUGGGAUGCAGCCAGGAGCAAGCUGCUGGCCCUAUCAUCAGUUUUGGGUCACAGGACCUGGAGGGAUUAGAGCUACCCCAUGACGAUGCCCUCAUUAUCAAGGCUGUUAUUGUCAAUAGUCACGUGGCUAGAGUCUUCGUUGGCACCGGUAGCUCUGUCAACAUACUAUUCAUGUUUGCUUUUGAAGAGAUGUAG